AUGAUAGCAAUUCCGCUGAGCUCCUCCGCUGUCUUCCAACGCGCAGCGGCCGGAAGUUCAACCAUUGACACACGAUGGCUACUUGAGAGUGUUGGAUGGGUUGCUUUUGCCUGGUAUCUGGUAGUUGUUUUUGUGUGCGCUUUGGGUUAUUUGCAAAUAUGGCGGCUCUAUUCCAAUGCACCCCCGAGAUCAAAGUCUGCCAGUUCCUCUGACGCACCCCAUGUCACCACCAUCCGGCCCGUAAAAGGCAUUGAACCAUACCUUUACGAAUGCCUCGCGUCGACGCUACGACAAGACUACCCACGCGACAGACUGACAACGUGUAUUUGCGUCUCUACAAGAGCCGACCCGGCGUUUCCCAUACUCGAGAAGUUAGUCGAGGAUUUCUCAGGGCAGUGCGAUGUGCGCAUUUACGUUGAGGAAGAAGACCCACUUCUUCAGGAGGAAAGCACAUAUCCCAUGGGCCCGAAUCCGAAGAUCCGCAACAUGAGUCGCGCAUAUAGAGAGGCUAAGGGUGAUAUAAUCUGGAUUAUAGAUUGCAAUGUAUGGGUUGGAACGGGAGUUUGCGGUCGAAUGGUCGAUAAACUAUGUGGUUAUGGCGGCAAACGGUACAAAUUCGUGCAUCAUCUCCCGAUUGCAGUCAACGUCGACCCAGAGGAUGCAUUGACGGCGGAAACGAAACCUCUGCUCGCGGCGCAUGGUAAUGGUGUUCACAAAGUGGGUGCAGACAGAACGGACUCAGUACUCAAAGAAGGAGGCGGCCGUCUCGAGGAACUUUUCCUAUCUUCGUCGCAUGCGAAAAUGUAUACGGCCAUCAACACCGUGUUGAUCGCACCGUGUAUCGUGGGGAAAUCAAACAUGUUUCGCAAAUCGCACCUGAACGAUCUCACCGAAAGUCCAGAUACGGCACCCGUUCAUGGACCAGCUCGCAACCCGGGUAUUGAUUGGGUUUCCGACCAACUAUGUGAAGAUCACAUCAUCGGCGACUGGUUAUGGAGGAACAAAGUGCGUGAAGAGAAAGAAUCGAGAAAGGCACUCGGAAAACAUGGCAUGGUCUUCGGAGAUUAUGCCUUCCAGCCUGUUGCGAACAUGAGCGUCAAGGCUUAUAUUGCGCGACGAGUCCGUUGGUUGCGUGUACGUAAAUAUACAGUUCUAGCAGCGACGCUUGUCGAGCCGGGCACUGAAUCAAUCGUCUGCUCGUUAUACGGCGCAUUUGGCAUGAGUACGGUAGUCGCCAAAUACCUCGAAAGCCGCGGCUACACUGAUCUAAGUGCCUACCUCCAAAAAUGGCCUACUUUUUUCUUACUGUGGACCACAAGCAUAUUCAUCUGGUGCAUGAUCGAUUGGACAUUAUACCUCAAACUCCACUCCGGCGCCACGGUCGAAAUAGACCAAAACACACCACCCUUUGCACGAGCCUUGAAAACAUCAUCCAAAAACAAAACCUCUCGCCGCCCCUUUCUGCAGUGGCUCSCGGCAUGGACGGUUCGCGAAUCCCUCGCGUUCCCCAUCUGGUUCUGGGCUGUCUAUGGCGGGKCGACGGUAACAUGGCGCAAUCGCUCUUUCCAAGUCUCGCUCUGGGACACGAAAGCGCGUGAAGUUAAUCAUUCUGUGCAGCAGCAUGGUAUCCUGCGGAAUGUCAACGAUUCGUCGUACUCGAAUGGAGGUAGUACGACUCCCGGACGGAGUUCGUCAUCGUCAUCGUCGAGUUCCUCCGUAGCGGAGAGGAACAAGACUCGAAAAGAUUGA